UUGGCACUAAAGGACUAGUUAGAUUCUGUGUUUUGUGUUACAUUCUUUAGAAAUGGCUCUGGGGAGACUGAUUGAACUUUUAAAAGACCACCCGUGGCGUAAUUACGUGAUAGUCAACCUUGUUCUCAUUGUUUUAGAAAAACUUGUCGAGCACGACUUUGUGUGCCCUUGUAGACCUGGAUAUUCAGAGGCAUUUUUCUCUUUGUACCUGGCGAUGCCCCUGCUGAUGACUCUGAACUUUGGCUUUUACAUGUGGAACUCCAAACUCUGGUCUGAGCCUCAGAGUCAGAGUGGUUGCAAAUACUUUUGUAGAUGCUGUGGGAAAUUUCUCACCUGCACAGUUCCAUCUGUUUUUUGGGUGACCCUGUUUUUUGGUGAUGGGAGAUUUCUGGCCUGUGUGAUAACCCCACUACAAGAAGAUCAUGUUGACACCAUUGCGCUGCCUCCGUGGGAAUGGUGUGACAAAAACCGAACACUGACCGAUGAGCAGAAUCAUGUACAGAUUUCAUUUUACAUAUCUAAGAUGGCAGUUUUUAUUAUCAUCUCCAUCACCUUCCUUGGAGUGCUGAUUUAUCAGUUCUGUAACGCAUGCUGUCACUGUGGCUGUUGCAGAUAUUGUGACGCAUGCUGUGAAUCAUGUAUGGCCUCAGAACAGCCGCCUGCUCAGCCCCCUGGCGAAUCCAAUGGCCAGCCCCAUGAUGAAUCCAAUGGCCAGCCCUCUGGGGAAUCCAAUGGCCAGCCCCCUGGCGAUUCCAACAGCCAGCACCCUGGCAAAUCCCGUGACCAGCCCAUUGAUGAAUCAAUUGACCAGCCCUCUCACAACUUCACUGCUCAGCCUGAAGAAUGCACUAGUUUACUGCCCAAUGAUAUGGAGCUCAAAACCUUUUCAUCCAACCAAUAACUUUGGGAUUAUUUUAGCUUCUUUCACCGAUUACUCUGUUACUGUGUCUGUUCUCUCCUGUUACUGUUUCCGGUCUCUCCUCGUUACUAAUUCAAUUUUCUAUUCUGUUACUGAUUCAGUUCCCUUCUCUGUUACUGAUUCAGUUUUCUAUUCUGUUACUGAUUCAGUUCCCUCCUCUGCUACUCGGUUACUGAUUCAGUUGUCUCCUGUUACUAAUUCAGUUCCUUCAUCUGUCACUGAUUCAGUUCUCUCCCGUUACUGUUUCUGAUUCAGUUCUCUCCUGUUACUUUUUCUGUUCUCU